AUGAGCCGUGGGGCGCCCCAGGACCAGGAGCUGGUGGGUCCGGGGGCCCCUGGGCGGUGGUCCCGGGGCGCCCCUCCUCCCUCGGGACCCGUUGUCCCGGUCCUGGUCUUCCCCCCGGAUCUCGUAUUCAGGGCCGACCAGCGGAGUGGACCCCGACAGCUGCUGACCCUCUAUAACCCCACGGGAGCUGCGCUUCGCUUCCGAGUUUUGUGCACAGCGCCUGCGAAAUACAGAGUGUUUGACGCAGAAGGAUACGUGAGGGCUCAGUCCUGCAUCGAUAUUGUGAUUCGCCAUGUGGCCCCCAUUCCCAGCAACUAUGAUGUCCAGGACCGCUUCCGCAUCGAGCUGUCAGAGGAGGGAGCUGAGGGCCGAGUGGUGGGACGCAAGGACAUCUCCUCGGUUCUGAGAGCUCCAGCCUACCCCCUCCAGCUUCAGGCACAGCAGGACUCGGCGCCCCACCCAGGGCCUCCUGCCUGGACACCACCACCCGCGGCCAGACACUUGCAGAAGAAUGCCCCCCCACAACUGGCCACCAGUUCCUUCUUCCUUUUCUUGUUGACGGGCAUAGUCUCUGUGGCCUUCCUGCUGCUCCCACUGCAGGAUGAACUUGGCAGCCAGCUGCCCCAAGUCCUGCACGUCUCCCUGGGACAGAAGCUGGUGGCAGCCUAUGUCUUAGGCCUGCUCACGAUGGUGUUUCUCCGGGCCUGA